AUGAUAUUCUCCCCUGAGGGCCUCCCGGGACCCGCUCACACUGGCCGGGAGAUGCUGGGCACCCAAGGCAGCCUGGUCAUCAGAAACGUGACGGCUCAGGACUCGGGCAGCUACACGGCCGUGCUGGAAACCAGCAGGGGACGCAGGAGUGCGACGGAGCAGAUCCGCGUCAGGAACAGCUUCAAGCCAGUGCCGCUGCUGACAGUCCCACAAGCUAUUGAGGGCGUCAUCGAGAGUGACCUCAACUACUCGGUGAUCUUGGAGUGGGUGACAAUAGCGAACCCUGACUGGACCCUCAAUGGGAAGAUCCGUGGGACCGGGGAGCAGCUGUUCAUCCGGCGGUUGUCCUGGGAGCAGCUGGCCACCUACGUGUGCACGGCCACGAGCAGCGAGGAGCAGCGGUCCUCCCAGCCCGUGACUGUCAUGCUCCCAAAACCCAUCAUGGAUCCCACGGACGCUGAGCCCAUCGAGCCAGACCCCACGCUCUCCCUGUCAGGAGGGCCUGCCAUCGGCCUCCUCGUGGCUGGAAUUCUGGGAGCCAUAGUCUUGUUGGGGGCCACGGGCUCACUCCUCAUCGAGCACUAG